UGAAGCAUCCUGAAGCUUUGCGUUUCCUAACAUGCCACCAGCCUGCCAUGCCUCGUCUUUGCAACCUGAUGAGGAGGUGUUUUGCCUGCCGCUGCUGUUGCUGCAAAGACAGUGACUCAUCCCACAGCAGCGGCGACUCUGAAUCUGCAUUGUCGGAGGAUGAAGAUGAUUUCUGGGAGCAUUACGAGCAGCGAGAGUUCGACUCGUCAUGCCAUCUGUUUGUGACACUGCAAACGUACAUAGAGUACCGAUUGAAGUCUAGGCUUGUCGGGCAUGUCCACUGCUUUCUGGUAUCCGCUUGGCACAGAUGUGACAGGUUUGCUUUUCCUCCCGGAGUUCUUUGCCCCACCAUGAUUUGCUGCUCUGUCCCCAAGGGACCGGAGGAGAUUUCAGGAUUUCCACCUCGAAGCAGUUCAGAACAGAAGCAUUGUUGGGAUACCGCUGACGGCGUGGGUAUCAAGGUCCGGGGCCCACAGUACCUCCAGGAUCGCAAGAAGUCCAAUAGCAAAAGCCCCAUGUUGACCCUGGAUGCCGUGGAGCUGAUCCGUGGCAGGGACCUGGAAAGCUACAGCACUGGUCCCAAAUGUCGAUUCAAAAGCAAUGGCUUCAGCUUCAUCAUGAACUUUCGCUUGCCGGAUGUGCAGCUAGUGAUCAUUUGGUCUCUGGCGGAGGGAGUGGAUUGGCUGGAUACUCCACAGGGGUUGCAUUUUCGCAGGUUUGUAUACGAAAUGAGUGCAGAGGAGCGCAGCAAGCGCCUCAAGCUCAUUGCUCGCGUGCUCGAAGGUUCAUUUAUGCUGAAACAGGCAGUUGGCAGCAAGCCCGCCAUCAUUGGGAAUCAAUGCAGAAUACAAUACUUCCAGCAACAGGAUUGCCUGGAAGCCUCAAUGGACAUGGCUGACUCAUCGAUUGGGCGCCGCUUGCGAGGAAUCCUAGACGAUGGGAGCUCAGUGUUGGAGCUCUACAUCCUCUUGGAGGGCCUCCACCAGCAUGAGCUUCCAGAACGGAUCCUGGGAGGGUUAACUCUCUGCCGAGUUGAUGUGAGCUCCAUGGCUAGAUGACGGGGCAAUGUCCGAUGGUCAAAGUUACCAAGGACGAGAGACCAAAAGGCAGCAUGCCCCUGCUUGGCGAUUUGUGGACGUACAGAGCGUCAUUUGCAUCGUCAACGUUGCCAUGGAUUCCCUUAAAUGUUAUUUCAU